AUGAAAAUUGUAGGAUUAAAUAAUAAAGUGAGUGAUCUUGAAGAAAACCAAGAAUUAAAGAAACACGUUAAAUUGCUGGAACUAAACCAGAAGAAAAACAAUUUAUUGAUAUUUGGAAUCGACAAACCAAUAAAGGAAAGAUCCAUAGCAUAUGUUUGUGCAGAAAUUGGUCAACGUUUGGGUAAUAAUCUUAUAAAAUCGGACAUCAAUGAUCUUUAUUCUCUAGGAAAAUUAUCAAAUAUCCCAUUAAAAGUUGAAAUAGUAGCUUAUCAUAAAAAACUGCUAAUAUUAAAAAACUGUACUAAAUUAAAAAAUACAUCUUGGAGGCAAGAAAAAAAUUCAAGAAGAACAGCUUCCAAUAGUGUUCUUCAAUCGCCAACUGUGGAAAACAAAUAUCAAGUAGAAGUCAAUAUACCUGCAGAACAUAUAAAAGUAAUAAAUACAGCUCCUUCUGUUCCGGUGGAAAAUAAUAAAAAAAUAAAGAUCCUGCCAGAACAGGUCAACACCAAUUCAAGGGAUUCCUAA